AUGACGCCGGAGGAGGCUGUGAUUAAGGCUGCGGCGACGAAUCAACUACUAUGGAUCGACAGUCUGUUAGAUACGUUUGAUGGAGACUUGGCCGACGCAAUUUCUAGUGCUCCGGUCAAUGGACACGUGGACAUGAUGCACCGUUUACCGAUUGGAGAAGACAGUGAUAGUGACGAUGGCGAUUUUUCUAGUGAGAGCGACGACUUCUCCGAUGAUAGCGACGAGGACAGUGAGGACGAUGAUGUGGAGGAGCGCAUAGCUGACAAAACCCGUCGAGCGCUACAGAAUGCAGUGCAAACAGCAGCGCAGUAUGGGCAACUUACUGUGGUGUCUUUUUUCCUCCCGCAGAUUGUCGGUGCAAGCGACGAUGGAGAAGCACGUCGUGAUAUGCACGACACAACGUGGAAAGUCCUCAAUGAAGCAGCCGCUUAUGGACAUUUCGACGUGAUUCAAUUUGCGGUGAGCUAUGCAACAGAGUGCGGAUACAUCGAGUUGUAUGCUGCCAGUGGUCGCAACGAUGCUGUGGCGACAUAUAUCCUUGGAAUGCGCAACAUUCAAUGGGACUUGGACCGUGCGUCUGACAAGGCCAUUCAGGGCCAACGAUCAGGAUUAGGCAAUUGA